CUUAAACAAAAAUCCAAAUAAAAAUGGCUUCUUUUUUCUCUCUCUCUAGGGUUUCGAAAUCCCCCAAAAUUUAGUGCUCCCCCUUUGUAAUGCGAGCGAUUUCUUGCUCCAGCUCACGAAUCAAAGCUAGAAUUUGCUCGCUCGGGACGUAGGGUUCGUUCUGGACCGUGAGAUUCGAAGUGAGCCUCGUGAAAAUUUGGGGGAAAACUCGUUCAGGUAUGGAAACAAUUAAUGGAGAAAACAAGGCCAAGAGCAGGACGCAUAUAUAUUUGAAUAUUUACGAUCUGACGCCAGUUAACAAUUACCUCUAUUGGUUUGGAUUUGGGAUCUUUCACUCUGGGAUUGAAGUAUACGGCAUGGAAUAUGGCUUUGGAGCGCACGAGUACCCGACCAGUGGGGUUUUUGAGGUGGAACCAAAAAACUGCCCUGGUUUUAUCUUCAGACGUUCUUUGUGGCUUGGCACCACCGACAUGUCACAUCCAGAGUUCCGGCAGUUCAUUGAACAUCUUUCUGGAAAAUAUACCGGUGAUAGCUACCAUUUGAUUGCUAAAAAUUGCAACCAUUUUACCGAUGAUGUUUGCAUGCGCUUGACUGGAAAGCCCAUUCCUGGAUGGGUAAAUCGGCUUGCAAAAUUAGGUUCAUUUUGCAACUGCCUUCUACCAGAAAAUAUUCAGGUUGCAGCAGUAAGGCAUUCUCCAGAGCACUUGGAGCUGUCUGAUGGGUCUGAGUCUAUAGCUUCAUCAUCGAUGGAAGAAAGUGAUGACGAUGAUGAGGAUGGGCGUCAACACCUGCUACCAGCACCUCGUAGUGAGCCAUCAAGUGCCAGAGAAAAACCUGUGAAACUCGCAAGAGAUCUUCUCACCAGUGAGGUUCGCUAGAGAUCUCCUUUAAAGUUUUGACUUGUCUAAUGUCUACGAACAGAGAGAGACAAAUUAUUCAGGCCUGAUCUUGUGCUGGUUGCUGAUGGCCUUCCUCAAGUGCGUGCAGUUGUACCAGUAGUAAAAAUUGUACCGUUGGUUUUUAAUGUUGUAGGAGGCCGAGCUCUCACUAGGAAUACAUACUUGUUCAACUGUCGCUUGGCACCAAUUAUUAGUGUGAUCUCCAUUCUUUUCCAUUCUAAAUUUGUGAAUGUAUGUAACUGACAUCGAGAGUAAUAUAUCGGUUUGUGGGCUGAUGAGUCAUGAUUGAAAA